AUGAAGUGGUCACCUGCGCGCGCAGCAGCUCGUCGAGCGCCGCCACGUGGCCCGCGCGCGCCGCGUGGUGCAGCGCGGUGUCGCCCCGGGCGUCGCGCGCCGUCGCCUCCGCGCCCGCCGCCAGCAGGCGUCGCACGGCGUCGGCGUCCUCCGCCUGCGGCCGCCGCGUGUGUAGCGCUGGAGCGUCGACGGGGCGCGCUGCCACCCGCUGCCGCCGGGCCGGAGCCUGCAGCUUGUCCAUGCGGGCGGAGAGCGCCUCCACCGCAGGCACCACGACGACACGACCCUCCCCAGCGCCUGCUCCUGCCGCGCCAGGCGCGCCUCCACCCCGCCCCGCCACGCCACGCGAUCUCCUCCACAGCCGCGCAGAGGGCGCUGAGUUCGCGCGCGCACGCACAAGCACUCGCCGUUCCUGACGAAGUGCACGACGCGCGAACCAGCGGCACUCAACGCCUGCGCCACGGAGAACGCGCGGCGCGCAGUGGCGGCGAUUGCGGCCACAGGCAA